GGGAGAUCUGGCUGCGGAACACCUCCGCCCGGACACUGCCCGCCGCCAGCGGCACCUCCGGGCCGGGCACGGACCCCCGGGCACUGGGGCCAGUCCCACCCUGGCGCCGGGCAUCGGGGGACUGGCGGAGUGAAGGCGGAGCUUCCGCGCUGCCGAUGUGCCGCCCGGCUGCCCCUCCGGCGGCGCCGUGCCGCUCGGCUUUCCCGCGGAGCUAGGGUCCGGAGCGCCCUGCGCGCUGCUCUCGCCGUUCUUCUCUUUGGACUUGGCCCCUACCCGGCCCUGGGGCCGCCGAUUUUCAUAGUGUCCCCGCAUCCUCGGCGGCGCUGCGCCGAUUCUGCCCCGCAGAGCCCCAGCUGGCAUGGAGAAGCAGGCAGAGAGGGGCAGCCCUGUGCUCGUUUGCCGUUCCCAGACGUGGACUGCGAGCCCCCUGGCGAGGCUCUUUCUCAGCAGGGACUGUACCGGGGUGACACCGGUACUCAUCUGGAGCCGCCCAGCCUGCCCCAGCAUAGUCAUCUGAAGAGGAGGCUCCUCCUCUUGACACCCUGACCCUGGGGACGCUCCAUACCUCAGUGCUGUCCUGCGACUGAUGUCUGUCUCCAGUGCUUGAGGAGCAACCAACCUUCAUGCAGGAGUUAGCACCUUUGGGGAGAGGAUCUGAGGUGCUGCCUCUCAACUCUUUUCAGAUCGAAGUGUGUAGUCCCAGAUACUCUCUCAGGACAAAAUGAUGUCUAUGAGGCUAAUGCUCUGCAUGGCCUUCUAGAUCUUGAUUUCCCACGCAGGCAAACCGUUUCACUGUGGUGCCAUGAGUGCUGGAGACUGCUGUUCCUUCUGUUCCCUGGGGCUUGAACUCCCUUUAUCAGCCUGGCCUGUGGAGGGACCCUCUGUGCAAGUUGCUGCUGGGAAAGAGUGAGGUGUAAAUUAAAUGGACUGAGAAGAAAGCAAGGUCAUUCACCGCUUAGUGUGAUCUGAGGUGCCACUUGUGCAGUGCCCUUGCCUAGUGCUGCCAGCACACUGCCCUGCUUGGAAAGGCUUGGUCUUCAUACUGCUGCCCAUUCAGUGGAGCCCUGCAUCUUCUGAAAAGAACCACUUCCCCGAUGCUACCCUAAGAGCAACAGCAAUCUACUGUUUACCAUGAGGACACCACUAUGAGAAACCAGCCCAUCCUCCCUGGCAGAAGCUCAUGCCUUCUGUCAGUGAGGAAGAAGCUUGCAGCCUGGCCUUGUCCCUAAGGCAGGCAGAGGAGCUGGAUCCAAAUGCAUCCUCGGCCUGCUUAGAGCUGUUCCUGUUUCAGGUCAAUGAGACUCUACCUGUAAUUCAUCAUGACAUAGUAUCUGGUCUCCUGUCCCAUCCUGCUGGAUAAGGUUCCUGCUUCCUCUUGGUCAAUCCAAAUGUAACUCCGGGUGUUCCUCAGCGGCCUAGACUGGUACAGCGACCUGGGAUGCCAUCAGGAGCUCGAAUGCCCCAUCAGGGGGCUCCCAUGGGUCCCCCAGGUCCUCCCUAUGUUGGAAGCCCCUCAGUGAGACCAGGAAUGCCCCAGACCGUGAUGGAAACAACGAGAAAACGCACAGCACCGCAGCAGGUCCAGCAGCAGCAGGUGCAGCAGCAGGUGCAGCAGCAGCAGCAAGCCACUCAGAACCGCACUAGGAGUGCCAAGAGGAGGAAGAUGGCUGACAAAAUUCUCCCUCAGAGGAUCCGGGAGCUGGUUCCUGAGUCCCAGGCUUACAUGGACCUGUUGGCCUUUGAACGCAAACUAGACCAGACCAUUAUGCGGAAGCGUGUGGAUAUUCAGGAAGCACUGAAGAGGCCGAUGAAGCAAAAGAGGAAAUUGAGGCUCUACAUCUCCAACACCUUCAAUCCUGCCAAGUCUGACGCCGAUGACUCUGAUGGCAGCAUUGCUUCCUGGGAGCUGCGAGUGGAGGGCAAGCUCCUGGAUGAUCUCAGCAAACAGAAAAGGAAAUUUUCAUCAUUUUUUAAGAGUUUGGUUAUUGAACUGGACAAAGAUCUUUAUGGACCUGACAACCAUCUUGUGGAGUGGCACAGAACUCCCACAACCCAGGAAACAGAUGGGUUCCAGGUGAAAAGACCUGGUGAUGUCAGCGUGCGGUGCACGUUGCUCCUCAUGUUGGACUACCAGCCUCCGCAGUUUAAACUGGACCCACGAUUAGCUCGCUUGCUGGGGAUACACACGCAGACCCGGUCAGCCAUCAUCCAGGCUCUCUGGCAGUACAUCAAAACAAAUAAGCUGCAAGACUCCCAUGACAAGGAAUACAUUAACUGUGACAAGUACUUCCAGCAGAUCUUUGACUGUCCACGACUAAAGUUUUCUGAAAUUCCUCAGAGACUCACUAACCUGCUGCUGCCACCAGACCCUAUAGUGAUAAACCACAUCAUCAGUGUUGACCCCAACGAUCAGAAGAAGACGGCUUGUUAUGACAUAGAUGUAGAAGUUGAAGACCCAUUAAAGGGACAGAUGAGUAGUUUUCUUCUCUCGACAGCUAACCAACAGGAGAUUACAGCAUUGGACAACAAGAUUCAUGAGACAAUCGAAUCCAUAAACCAGUUAAAAAUACAACGUGAUUUCAUGCUGAGUUUCUCCAAAGACCCCAAAGGAUACAUUCAAGAUCUUCUCCGGUCCCAAAGUAGGGAUCUUAAGGUGAUGACUGACGUAGUUGGAAACCCAGAGGAAGAACGCAGAGCUGAGUUUUAUCAUGAGCCAUGGUCUCAAGAGGCUGUGAGCAGAUAUUUCUACUGCAAGAUCCAGCAGCGCCGGCAGGAACUGGAACAAUCUCUGGGAGUGCGCAACACAUAAGCACUGCUCACAGGAUCCCAUUGGCAUCACGACCACCAAACCAGUGGACUUCUCAGUGUUACUUAGCUCACUGUUACACAUGGACCUGCUUCCUGACUGGAUGAGAGUGCACCAUCAACACACCAGUCAGAACACCAGCUUUAGAGUGACCUUUGAAAACCUUGCCCGUGGAGGGUGUCUCAAACCACUCCAGGCCAGAGACAGCAGCAUACAAGUGUCAGUGUUACAGGAGGUGAAAGGUUCAUUCAUCAACGCACAUCAUUAAGUUUUAGUGGAAAGUUCAGACACUACACAGCAAAUCCUAUUGGGCUAUGCACAGAAUCAUGGGUGGCACUGGUGGGGGAGGUUGAGUUAGGUGUUACAGGAGACUACAGAUGUAGAGAAAGCAAUGCAGUCCUCACCUUGUGUUAUCUGAGAGUCUCAAGUAGUAACUUCUCUGGCAUUAGACAAGAUAGUCUUUCUUAGAGCUGUGGAAUAGCUUUGUACUCCUGAACUCAGUUUUUAUUCCAGCUGGAGCAGUGCAAGAAGCCAUCUCGCCACAAGAAAGAGCAAACUAGGAGGAUUUUCAUUCCUGGAAUAAAGAGCUCCUCUGGAAGAAAGAAAUCUAGUCAGGACAUCUCUUCUGCAAACUCUAGUACUUUCUCUUUCCCUUGCCCCUGCAGUAGAAGAAAGACUGACUCCCUGUCACUACAUGGGCACAAUCAAUGUGCUGUACUGAGAGGAAGAGAACUGUCCCUGGGGAAACUGCUUUUAAGGCACCAUUAGCAUUGGUGGUGGUAGCAAAGCUGAGACUGAGGCAAGAAAUGAGGCAUUCUGAGAAAAUGAAAAUAACUUAAUGGUGCUUUGGUGAUGCCUUCCUUGAGCACAGCAGCUAUAAACAAUAAGCAUAUGUGUAAAAUAGGAGACUUCUUAAUUGUUUCUGUGUGCCAGGAAGGGACCAGCACUGAGAAGAAUUUCCCUAGUUGUUCAGUUGCUGCUGUAUCCGAGGAGCUUAACUCCAUACUAUGUGGCAUUUUUCUCUUUGCUUCAAGAUGUUAAGAGAGUCCCUGGGUUUAGUCUCACUUUUUGAUCAUAGGUAAAUUGCCUCAGACUAUGAAUUGUUUAGUUCUCCUGUAUGUGACAUGUACUGGUUACAGAGGAUGCUCUUGAGUUAUAAAGCACUGUCAGCCUUAAGUAGCACAGAGAACAUACCCCUUGGAAACCACAAAUCCAGACUAUGGGAAUUUACACCAUAUUCACUUGGAAGCAGGGACACCUUCGACAAGUCCUUUCCCCCCCUUAUGUUUUGUAGUGCAUAGAUUAGUUUGCAACAUAUGGCCCAACAUGUUUUCUACUCCAAAAAUGAGCUGCCAAAGCUUAACUCUGUCCAGAUGAUGCGGCACUCAAAAUCCUCUUCUAGGUUACUCCUUUUCAUCUCCUUUCUUGGAAAGAGAAUCCAAUUCAAAUGUGGUGCAGAAGGGAGGCAGCUCUUCUGAAUAAUACAUUUUGCUGUAGUCUUGUCCUUUUCUCUUGUGCUGUCUUUGCCAAUUUCUUAGUUGAACUCAAAAGUUUCUUCUGUUCAGUCACAGAAGGGAUAAUCUUCUGACCCUUUCUCUAACAUCUCUUCUUUCACAUUAAUAGUGCCAUAGCUUUUACUCUGUCUGUUGUAUUCAGAGAUGUCUUGGAAAAUCCACAUUUGCUUGCAGUCACAGGAUGGCAGCAGCACUGCCCUGCGAAACCAGGGCUGUGAGGAGCAGUGUGGCUGUGUCUCUUUGCCUGAGGCCUGCUACAGAAAGGGCUUUCUUUGCAACUUCCUUUGUGUUAAAACCUCUUUUUACACUAAAACAUGAAAUCCUGCA